AUGUCCUCACCAAAUCCCGUACCGGAAACACCUCGCGUGAUAUCACCGACCCCCUCUAUAUCGGACGUGUCCGAGACACCCGAUGGAUAUUACGCACCGGUAACGCGGUCUGCAGCGCGCCGCCAGCGCCAGCCAGAGGAUUCAGCCGAAACUUCUGGCUCAGCCCGAACCUCCAGAUCCCCCACGACACCCUCGGCCCGGCGCAACCGCCGAUCAAACCCCAUGAUACCCGCCUCGCCGCCGCGCUCAGCAAACGGUUCUGCCUCGAAGGAUCAUCUAUCCCCGUUGAGCAUUCCCGAUGCCCUACGCGAUAUAUCCAGAUCACCAUCUCCUCUCGGACUGAUCCCCCUCCACGCACGCUACCGCAGCUUCAUUCACCGCCAUGAAAUCCCCCGCAAGCUUUUGCACGUGUCAAUUGGAUUUUUGACUUUGUCAUUAUAUAGCCGAGGCGUCCAAACUCUCCAGAUUACACCGGUGCUCUUUACCGCACUAGUGCCGAUCGCAGCAACGGACCUGAUCCGCCACCGCUUCGAGAAGGUCAACAAGGUAUAUAUUCGGUGUAUGGGUGCCCUCAUGCGGGAAACAGAGGUCACCGGGUAUAAUGGCGUGAUUUGGUACCUCCUCGGAGCGUACAUCUCCCUCCGUUUCUUCCCCAAGGAUGUCGGUGUUAUGAGCGUGCUACUCCUUAGCUGGUGUGACACUGCCGCCUCGACAUUCGGUCGCUUGUACGGCCGCUAUACCCCCCGUUUGCGCCCCGGAAAGAGCUUGGCUGGAACUAUGGCUGCCUGGCUCAUGGGUGUUGUCACCGCCGCUGCUUUCUGGGGCUGGUUUGUGCCUUACAUCGGCACUUUCCCCACCGACCCAGAAAAUUCCUUUAUGUUCACCGGCCGCUUGAAUUUGCUCCCGAACUGCAUUCGUGGCCUGCUGGGAUGGGAGCCUAGCACCUCGGCGGUCAUUACUGGUCCCUUGGCUCUGGGAGUUAUGAGCGUCGUCUCGGGCGUUGUUGCCGCCGGUAGCGAGUUCAUUGAUAUGUGGGGCUGGGAUGAUAACCUGACGAUCCCCGUGCUGAGUGGAGUUGGGCUCUGGGGUUUCCUCAAGGUCUUUGGAUAG